GUUUCGAGAGGCGCGCUCAGGAGUCUCGGAUCGGGCAGAUAAACUUCUGUAACUGAAACGACGGGAUCCGUUUAUUGAGCUGGGCGCUUUUGGAUUUUCGCCGCCUUGGUGGAUUCGCUCAAUAAAGCUGUUUGUUUGCCCCAGAGCGCUGGCACAAUGAUCUGCUCCAGAUCGACAGAUUAGAGGUGAGUUGGACUUUAACCUGCUGGAGAACGCUGUUGGAUUCCCCGCUCCACUCCCCUCCGCCCGUGGAAAGUGACUAUCUGCUCUUUGCCUGCGUGUUUUGAGAAGAUUUAUCCCUGAUUAAAACUACUGGAACCAAGUUUAGUUCAAAAUUUACAGGAGAUUUAAGGAACCUCUAAACUCUUGCCUGGUACCACAGUUUUCCCUUGUGGCAUUACAGUAAUUGCUUGGCGCUAACAUCAUCUUGUCAGAUUGGAACUUGUAAUUGGGGCAUUUCACCACCGUGAGCAAGUACAAAAGGACUGUCAACUGUUCUCACAGACUUUCCUUCAGUUUCAAGCAGCUUGCUCACUGAUGUGUCUUGACUGUGGUAUCUGCUGGUGUCUCCUGAACCCUGUUAAUAAGAAAUCCAUGUGAAUUUGGACGCUUUCUGCGCUCUUUGACGCUCACCGGUGUUCCUCUCUUUUGCUUAUCUCAAAGGUGGAAAUCUUAACUCCGAGGGUGUUUUGUUUUUUUUUGUAUUCUUUUUGGCACUGAGAUCUCUGCGUUUCACCACAGAUAGAGAGAAGAACAGCCAUGGAUUUGGGAAAUGAUGUGGAUUUAUCCAACAACAACAUCACACCUUUGUGGAGGCGGCGCACGGACCUCAGUGAAGGUCCCCAAGACUCGAACCAACUCAAGCCACGACCCGUGAGCUACCACGUAAACGGGGUCACAACUGCAGACUUCCCUGUGGGGGACGAUGGAUGCUCCUUCACUUUGAGCCAGCCGCCCCAGCCUUUAAACACAAACACUAUGGUGUUAAAGCAUGUUUUGCACAGACCUUCGGAAAAAAAGCGAAUCGUUCGGAGCAUUAGCAUUGGGCGCCUCUACAGUGGACGCUUCUCAUUGCCCAAGUUUAAAGCUGAGGAUAAAAAAGCCACACUGGACAACAGGGUGUGUAAUGGAAGUAGCAACAAAAGAAAUAACCAGAAUGGAAGUGUUUGCUCUGAAAAUCAUCACCAGGACAUGCAGAGGUCAACCACAAACCCUGUUGAUCUUGACUUGGAGAAAGACCAUGUCUCCUCUGGGACAAACACACUCUCACCUGAAACUCCUACUGACAAUUGUUCUCCACACUCACCAAAUAACUACCACUACGAGCUGUCUUCACAGUCAUCAUUAUCUAGCUCUUCAUCUACAGGGUACGGUACCCUCACCCCCUCUCACAGCUCGUCUUCAAGCAUCCCCUCACUUUCGUCUUUAACCUCCUCAGACCCUCCGACGCCCCGCUCCCCUUCACCAGCUGACAGAGGGAAUUCAUUGCAGUGUCAGACAACCUCCUCAGCAUCCUCAUACGACACCCUGUACGCCUCCUCCUCUUCCUCUCAACUCCCUCCCAACUUCUCCACAUCACCGUCGCUUUCACCUGCUGCAUCCUCCUCUCCGACCAUUGUCCUUAGCACCAACAGCCCUGCUGCUUUAAAGAUGGGCACCCAGCAGCUUAUUCCCAAAGGUCUGGCAUCCGAUGUCCGACAAACCAAGGCGCCUCCUACUGGGACCCAACGGCUGGGAUUGGACCAUUCCAAACGAGCAGUGAAAGUUCUUAGCAUGGUGGAAGCAGGAGGUUACUUUUCUACCGGAGGGGGCCACACCGAAGAGGCAGAGGGAGAGAACGAAAGCCCUGGGGCAUUACGGAGAGGUUUGAGGAGUACGUCUUACAGGAGGGCAGUUGUGAGUGAAGUAGACAAGGACGUUACCUCGGUUGAGUUAAAGAUGCCUGUCAUGGAAGGGCUUGAAAAUCCUGGUUCACUCAACAGCUCAACAAACCUUGCCACCUUAAGUCCAACAAGUGCCGAAGCACCAAAAGCUGCAAGCCCCAGGAUUUCAAAGUCUUCAAGCCCUCGGAUGGAUAAAACUAAAAGCAACAAGAAAAACAAGACUCUAAAUAAGAAGAAGUUGACGUCUCAGCUGACAUUUGACAGUGAAGAAGAGGAGCUCUACCAGAACUACCAGGAGAAAGCCCUGCACAAUGACUCCGAUGAGGACGCUGAUGCAAGGGGACCGAAGCCGGAUCAGGGCAUCGUCGUGCAGUACAGACCCAUACGUACCUCUUGGAGCCAACUGAGCGUGGUAAAGAAAAAUGCCCUGGCCGAACAGCUGAGUCAGGAGGAGCGCAAAAGACAAGAGGCCAUCUUCGAAGUGAUCUCGUCGGAGCACUCCUACCUGCACAGCCUGGAGAUCCUCAUCCGUAUGUUCAAGAACUCGUCGGAGCUCAGUGAGGCGAUGAGCAAGAUCGAACACCACCACCUCUUCUCCAACAUCUCAGACGUCUGCCAGGCCAGCAAAAAGUUCUUUAAGGAGCUGGAGGAAAGACACCAACAGAGCAUAGUCAUCGAUGACAUCAGUGACAUCGUUUGCAAGCACGCCGAGUCAAACUUCGACCCUUACAUCAAGUACUGCUCCAAUGAGGUGUACCAGCAGAGAACGCUGCAGAGGCUGGUCGGUGCCAAGAAUUCUGCUUUCAAGGAGGUACUGACCAGGUUGGAGGGCCACCCAGACUGCAGGAGCCUCCCCAUGAUCUCCUUCCUCAUCCUGCCCAUGCAGAGGAUCACUCGCCUGCCUCUGCUCUUGGACACCAUCUGUCAGAAGACGUCAAAAGACUCGGCACGCUACGAAACAUGCAAGAAAGCUUUGCAAGCCGUGAGCAAGGUGGUGAGGAAAUGCAACGAAGGCGCCCGCACGAUGGAGAGAACAGAGAUGAUGUACACAAUCAACACUCAGCUGGAGUUCAAGAUUAAGCCUUUCCCGCUGGUCUCGUCCUCCAGGUGGAUGGUGAAGAGAGGCGAGCUGACUGCAUUCGUGGAGGACAGCGGCAUCUUCACGAAGCGGAAAUCCCGACAACACGUCUACUUCUUCCUCUUCAACGACGUCCUCAUCGUCACCAAGAAGAAGGGUGAGGACAGCCACACGGUCAUCGACUACGCCCUGCGGGACCAGAUCCAAGUGGGCAGCAGUCAGCCUGAGGACGUUCACCUCUCCCCGGCCAAAAGCCCCACGAGCAUGCUGAGCUCGCGGCAGGUCGGCGCAAACCACCUCUUCCGGCUGUGUUUCCGAAGCAACCACUCCAGCGAAAAGGUGGCGAUGAUCCUCGGAACGGAGUCGGAGAGUGAGCGUGCCCGUUGGAUCAGUGCCCUGGGCCAGAACGACAACGAUGAGAGGAGACACGACAGAACCAAUGUCACGCAGGUUGAGGUGAUAAGAACGUACACGGCGAAGCAGCCAGACGAGCUGUCCCUGCAGGUGGCCGACGUGGUGCUGGUCUCCCAGCAUGUGGACGGCUGGUACGAAGGCGAGCGGCUGCGCGACGGCGAGGCGGGGUGGUUUCCUGCAGAGUGCGGCGAGGAGAUCACGUGCCAGGCCACCAUCGAGCGCAACAUGCAGAGGAUGAACCGGCUGCAGGGGCUGGAGACCAACGUGUGAGCCGCGCCGACCCAGAGACGGUCCGACUGAAGGCUUCGGCUGCGGAUUCAACACCUGCCUGAGUCUCGUCCCGUUUAGCGACAUAGGAGGAGGACGAUAACAAAACCGGAUCCCUCGAUUUAGUCAUUGUCAUCGACGGUGGCCCUGACGGUGGGAAUAUGUCACUGAUUAAUUCUCCGGCUGGUUGAGGAACAACUUCACCCCCCGCCGCAGCCGAAGCAGCUGCUUCAGCACCCUGCCACGUAACAACUGUUGUUGUUAAAUUUAUAAAUGUCUUUUCCUUUUUUCCCCUGUAAACGGCGUGCUGCGUAAUGACUACGGUGGCUCUGUGGGAGGUAAAGCAAACCCAAUUAGAGGGAAUGUGACAGCAGCCCGGGCGCGCGCCCCGCUAACGAGGCACCGGCCGGCCGAUAAAAGGCUUUUCCCCUCCAUAACAUGUGUCUCUACAAGCUGGAACUGUGUUUCAAGCAACAGCCGAGCAGAAGAUAAAACCAAUAACACUAUGUAGAACUGUAAAUACUCAUAACUGAUUAUAAAAAAAAUAAACUCAUUACAAGAAGGGAUCUAUUAUGGGAUCCAGUUGAGGAGAAGGGUCAAGUGUCUGCACGCCCUCAUGAAUCAGACUCCACGUUUAUGUCUCGAGCACCAUUAUUGUCCAGGGUGUGAGUCGUCAUUUAUUGUUACCUGGCUAAAGGGGGGUAAAUAAAGAAAUAAUUUAAAAAAAUGUCCUGGCCAGCGGAUGUCGAUAACACGAUUCCUCAGGCUCUGGACCCAGCACUGAUGUUGACCACAAGCCCUGCCUCCCUCCCUCCACCCCACCAAACAGACACACACCUCUUGGAAUUGUGGGCUUUACGUUUGCACUGAGGAAAACAAAACAAAACAACAACAACAAAAAAAACAAAGCAGAAAUUGAUGCAUGAACAACUUUUGCUUCAACAAAUUCCUCCCUUUGUAACUAUUUUAAAAAAAGACAAAAGAAAAAAAAUGAUUUGCAUGUGUAAAUAUGUACAGUAAGCCUUGUGUUUUCUUAAAAACAGAUUUAUAUUGGAAGAAAAGAAAAAGCGAUUUUAAUUAGUCUCUUAAUAAAAGUGUAAUUGCUUUCCA